AUGGCACGUGAGGCACGAGACACUUGUCCUCCCAACCCAGAAGCCAACGCAAUCGCGCGCCCGCACCGCCAAACGGACGUCGUCAAAAGGAAAUCGGCGCCGAACGCCAACAGGAAGAGCGUCAGAAACCACGAGGAAGCGCCGCCCCUACCAGUGUACCACGUCAAACAAGGGCUUCCUCGGCUGCGCGGGAUCCGGAAGCGGCCGUGGGGGAAGUACGCGGCGGAGAUCCGGGACCCGGCGCGGCAAGGGCGCGUGUGGCUCGGCACCUACGACACGGCCGAGCAGGCGGCGCGGGCCUACGACGCCGCCGCCCGCCGGAUCCGCGGGCCCAAGGCCAGGACCAACUUCCCACUCCUUCCUACCUCCGCCGCCGCCGCCGACGAAGUGGCGCUCCGGUUCGCCCACAAGAAGCCUGCGUCGGCGGCCGGGAGCAGCACCGCGGGGCCGUCGUCUUCUUCUUCGGCUUCGUCGUCGUCGGCCCCGGAGCGGGAGGAGUCGCCGGUGAGGAUCCUCACUGAGGCGCCUCCUGCAGCGUCCCAGCUGGAGCUCACGCUCGGCCGCCUGCAGGCGUUGGACCUCAACUUCCCGCCGCCGGCCGAGAUAUAAUGCCUGGAGAUGUGAUGUUCCGUUCCUAAAUUUUUGUCGUUGUUUUAGUACAAAAUUGAACUAGAACAACGAUAAGAAUCUAGGAACGGAGAGAGUAGAUCCGAGAGAGUAUCACUAGAAGCCUCCGAUUAGUUCGUUGCUUCAUCCUCCAUCCAUCCAUCCAUCACCGAAUUUAUCUUUGCGUACCGAUCAAUCCUGUGCCGACUCAGUGUAUGUAGGCAGCAGAUCUGUGUACCGUGUAAGAGUUGUGAACUCAGCAAGGAAUGCAGACAGAUUUCGUUUUACUUUCC